AUGAUGGCGGAAUCCACAGAACUUCUUGACCUCCCAACCGAAAUCCAUCAACUCAUCGCUCAGUACCUUGAUUUUCCCAGCCUUAUGCAACUGAGAAUGAUAUGCCAAUAUUUCCACGAAUUGAUCCCCCGGCUCAGUGUCAAUCAGAUGCUGGAAGUGGAGGUCUCAGCUUUUGGCAUACGGAAAGACCUGUAUACAUGUCGAGAUUGUCUGCGCCUACGUCCACGGGCCAAAUUUGCGGACAAUAUGGUAAGAAAAAAGAAAGCAAGGUCUGCUAUUGAUGCAGGGAAACGGUUCUGCGUGGAUUGCGGCAUAAAUCCUCGCGAAGGCACUACCCGAUAUACCCGUGGCUCUCUCAUCAUCAUACAAGGAGAACAAUAUGUGAUUUGCCAAUCUUGCGGUGCCUUCGGUGAUGCGGCGGUAGACGGAGACAGCGGAAUGCCUGAAUGUAAACGAUGUCGGCUAUUCUCCAGAGCUAUCGAACAGCGUACCGAGGAAAACAGGGCGCGACAGGAAAGGGCUAGGCUGCGAGAUGAACAAAGAAUGAGAAGAGCCAGAAGACGUGAAUUGUGGGGUUCAGAUUACGAGUAUAGUGAGGAUGAUAUACCCCAAAGUCCCACCUGGAGUGAGAUUCAGAUGGGUAUGAUCCAGUCUGAAGCAGAUACCUACAUGAACAGCCCCAAACCUGGAUCCGACUGA